CCUGCCAGCCCGAGCAUUGAGCCUGUCAACCGACGCGUCUAUACUCCCUGCAAGCCCACCGGACGCUUGCCAUCCACUCGGGCGCCUGCACACGCCCUUGACACUUUUUGGUGCGCCGGCCAGGCCACGUCUCGCACACACCUCCUUGCGCCGACCCACGCCCGCACCAUCACCACCGUCUGCCUCUACUUCUGAUGCGCCCUUCAUAGACCCCUCCCAUUUGGCAGCCGCGGUUCGCCUUCCUUCCUAAUCGUCCACCCACCAUGUCACGCUCCUUCCGACGCUCGAAUCCGAUUACCAUAAUCCUCGCGGGCAUCCUCUGCAUCGGCUUCUUCGUCUUCUUCUUCUCUGGUACCGAUGUGCCAUCCAUCACCAGAAAAGGAGGAGGAGAGGUAGCCUCGAACCCCCUAUCGCCACCCUCGCUACCGUUCCGCAAGUCCAAAGCGAAUGCUCCACAGGCCGCGCCGCCCGUCGUACAUUACUAUAUGAACAACGUGACCAACACGCGCACGCCAAUCGAAAACGAGGAGACGGUCCUUAUCCUCACCCCAUUGGCCAAGUUCUACCAAGAAUACUGGGACAACCUGCUCAAGCUCAACUACCCACACAACCUCAUCUCCCUGGGCUUCAUAAUACCAAAGACAAAGGAGGGCAAUGCCGCAUACGCAGCGCUACAGGCGCAAGUCACCAAGACACAAACUGGAUCCAAGAAGAAUCGCUUCUCCUCCAUUACCAUCCUCCGCCAGGACACCGAGUCCCCACUCCAGUCGCAAACCGAAGCCGAGCGUCACAAGAUGGAAAACCAGAAGGCACGACGUGCAGCCAUGGCCAAGGCGCGCAAUUCGCUCUUGUUCACAACGCUAGGCCCCACAACCUCGUGGGUCCUGUGGAUGGACGCGGAUAUCGUCGAGACACCACCCACUCUGAUCCAGGAUCUGGCCGACUACGACGUGCCCAUCAUCGUGCCCAACUGCUUCCAAAGAUACUACAAUGAAGAGAAGAAGACAAUGGACAUCCGGGAAUACGACUUUAACAACUGGAUCGACAGCCCCACAGCCAAGGACCUUGCUGCUAAGAUGGGCAAGGACGACAUUCUGCUCGAAGGGUACGCCGAGAUGGCUACAUACCGUAGCCUCAUGGCUAAGAUGCACGACACAUCGGCGGACCCCAAAGCAAAGAUUAAGCUCGACGGAGUCGGCGGCGCUACUUUGCUCGUCAAGGCGGAGGUACACCGAGACGGUGCCAUGUUCCCACCAUUUGCCUUUUACAACCUCAUUGAGACGGAAGGCUUUGCCAAGAUGGCGAACCGACUGAACUGGGAAAGUUUUGGACUGCCAAACUACCUUGUGUACCACUACAACGAGUAAGAAGACCCGAGGCGAUGUACAAUCUAUUUGCAGACUGCUUCCUUUGGCGGUCUUGGGCGGCGUUUGAGAGGGAGUUUCCGACUGCCAUACUGUUGAUAUCACGAGCAUUGCAUGUACGAAAAUAGUCAUGUAUUAGGGGUAUAGAAGGCUUGCUGGCAAGAGAUAUACCAGCAUUAUCUUUGAAUUGGAUUACGAAAGUUUCUACUGCAACAUUUUGAAUUAUUGAUCGAUCAGC